CCUGAUGACAAAUAGCAGAUAGUGGCAGAUAGAGCCAGGCUUUGUGAUUUGACAUCUAAAUCUGAUGGACAUCAUAGCCCUGCCCACUUUUAGACACGGAGCAGCCAAUCACAGGACGCGUUCAGUGUGCGGACAAACCAGUGGGGGCGGAGAUGCUCUGUGUCCCUGCCGUGGCCGAAUGGCUCUGUUUUGUACGCGCAUGUGACCACAGAAGGCGCUUUCUGGUAUUUAAAUGUGUUCACUGGGCGCUGAAGUGUACAGCCUCCUUAACAGAUAAACAAACCAAACCACGGCGACUCCUGUGGCUUCCUGUUAUGGGCGCUUUGAAACCUUUUAACUCUGGAUGAAGAUCUUCAUUUUGCCAGCAUCCUCCUCGAAGGUUUACGGAGUUUUUCAAGCUGCUGACGAGCACGGCACCUUGUUCUAGGCUCACACAGCAGUGAGGUGGCUGCUGUGACACCUGUAGCUGAAUGUGGGUGCAAUCUGCAUAAAAAGGGAGGUUGGAUUUGUUUCAUAUCCAUUUGUAUUCAACCUACAGGAGCGCUGCUCCUGCGCUGUUUGAUCUCCAGUGUGGAAACCUAAAUCCAUUUACGGAUGCAUUAAUUUCUAAUCCGCUCUCUGUGGCUGCUUGCAGGCAGGAAGGAGCAUGGAUAGAGAGGAAUUUGCACUGACUGGUGCAUUGAUGGGAUUUGAGAUGGGGGUGUAAACUAAACUAAGGACAGUGUCUAAAACACCGUUACUCACAGAUCGCCAUUUCUUUUCAAGGCUCUUUUGUUUAUUAUUUCAUAAAUUUCAAAAAGGAUACAGAUAGAUCAGUCAUGGGGAAAGAGGAGUGUAAAACAAUGCUGGAUGCUUUGAACAAAGUGACCGCCUGCUAUAGGCAUCUGGUCAUCGCCCUGGGAAGCACUUCGGACUCACAGAACCUGCGAGAGGAACUGAAGAGGACCCGCAAAAAGGCCCAGGAGCUAGCAGUGGCCAAUAGGACUAAACUGACCGCUCUGCUGAAAGACAAGACCAUCAGCAAAGAGGACCGCUCCGAGUACGAGCGCCUGUGGGUGCUGUUCUCCAGCAGCAUGGAGCUCCUGGAGGUGGACAUGAAACGGUCCCUGGAGUUAGGGCAGAAUUUCCCCCUGAAGGUGCCGACGAGACACCUCAUCCAGACGGGGAUGACCGGUAGCACCACCACCGUGGCGGCCCGGGCCAUCAGUGUGCAGAACAUUAAGUACGAGGCGGACAGCAACAUCGACACGGUGGACCUCGGGGACCUGCAGGCCGAGAUCUCCCAGGUGAGCCAGAUGAUGGAGGAGAUGGAGAUGAAGGUGCAGGUGGCGCCGUGGGCCGUCGAGGCGAAGCAGGAGGCCGGAGCAGAGCUCAAGUCCAGCAUGAGUGUAGGAAAUUCCUCCGUGGGCGUCAUCUCCAUCUGCGAAGAGGAGCCCAAAGAACAUGAGAGCGGAGGCAGCAGGGAUGCUGGCUUUGCGUCGAUCUGCGCUGUGGUGAUAUUCUUUGUCAUCGUCACUGUGGCUGUGGUUCUAGGAUAUUUGGUCAUCAAUAUGUCCUGAACUAACAACCCACCCUGACAGGACACCCUGCCAGGCUGCCCACGGGAGCGUCACUAUGGCCAGGAGCCAGCAGCGCCAUAGGGGAGACAAAAAGCUUUUUGUGGCUUCAGGAGCUGAAAAAUAGCUAAAUGUAUUAAUCUUUCUCGGAUUUGCGAAUGCAUUCGGUUGAGUUGAAGAUUUGCACUAGACAUAGAACAGUAGGCCAUAGUGUGGCAUUCAGAGAGACUGAACAUGGGGCACUACAGGUAUCUUUAGGGGCCAAGGGUUCUUGUAUUUUUGUCAGAAAUUUGCGUGGCAGUGUCUGGCCACCGGGUUGAUAUAAACAACACAUAAUCCAAGUGGAUUAUUGGAAAAGCUGGUGGGUAAAAUGUAGCCUAAGCAUGCCCCUUGAUGUUCUGCUGAUUUCAAUCCAGCAAAGUCACGUGAAUUCAGAGGAGCAGGGGACCAUCUGGGGUCAUGUUGAAACCACCAGAGCCAGUGUUAUAGUUAACCGUUGCUUCUCAGGUCACAAAUGUUGGAUGUGAUCAGAGUUGUACUGCUCUAUGCUCUCGUUAGCACAGUUUUAAUACACCAGUAACACUGUAAUAGGCCUGCGUUUCAGUGCAUCAGAUCACAGUGUGCUUCAGGAGCCUUGGGACCCGAGAGGCAUCCACUGUUAGUAAUGCACCUGUUCACUGUAAACCUGUUCAUGGCCCUUUUCAGGGGUUUAUCUUGCAAACAGUGUUGAAUGUAUAGAUGUCAGUUGAGGCUUUGUACAGUGGAUAUCUGUUUCAGAUAAUGUACAUACAAUGAAUUCUAUUUAUUACAAUAACAUUUUGAAACACUUGAAUA